AUGGCGGCGAGCAUGUGGGCGGCUUCGGGGUUGGUGGGGGAGGAGGGCGGGGUGAGGAGGGCGGCGAGGAUGAGCAGGACGGCCGAGGCGUCGCCGCGGGAUUCCCAGAGGUGCGAGGCCAGCCAGGUGAUGCCGGGGAUGAGGGAGGGGAGGAGGAAGGUGUCGACGAGGAAUUCGAGGCCGCCUUUGAGGGCGUCGUCAGAGAGGUUUUUGGUGGCGAAGGCGAGAACGAUGUGGUGGAAGAGGGUGGGGAUCAGGAGGUAG